AUGACAUCAGCCAUUGAUGCCAUCACAUCUUCAGAUGACCCAAUUAUUGCUACCACAUCUUCAGAUAACCCAAUUUCUGCUACCACAUCUACAGAUAACCCAAUUAUUGCUAUCACAUCUACAAAUAACCCAAUUAUAGCUAUAUUGUUAAAUACUGUAAAUAGAAAUCAAGAUCACGAAGAAUUAGAUAUUUUUAAUCUAGAAUUAUAUCAUG